AUGGCCGACAAGACUAGCAGACAAGAUGACUCAAGCGACGUCAUCACCACUCCCAACACCUCCCUUCAUUCUGUCUCUGUUCACCACCACCGCCGUGAUAUCCUCACCGUCAAGCCACCUUCCACCACUCACACUCACCACCACAUCACCAUCACCACCACUCACACUCACCACACCACCUUCAACGACAACACCGCGAACUGGCGCAAGCUAAGCCAACCCAGGGCAAGAAGAUUACUUGCCCGGCAUGGACCUACAUAUACAUCCUUGACAAAGCUCGGCAGCAGCGGCAGCGGCAGCGGCAGGACUACUACCUCCCUGCACCACAUCCUCGGCAGUAGAGGUAGUCAUGAGAAAGGCGCUCAGGACAUGUCUGGGACAGAGCUUCGUAUGCAUUUCGCUUCAAUGGACAAGAAUGCAGUCGCGGCUAGUAUUGAAGAGCGGAUUAGGAGUGUGGAAGUGGAACUGAAUAGAUUGAGAGGGGAGAGGGAAGAGAUGGUGAGGGAGUUGGAGUUGGGGGAUGAGAUGGAGAGGGCAGGUGAUGUGGAUGAAAGGUGGGAGGAGGGGGGUUGUGGCGAUUGGUGA